AUGGCAAGGGAUAAACUAGACUCUUCUGCAGUGUGUGACCUGAAACUAAAACUCAUUAGUGAUAGGCAAACUGAUGGCAGAUUAUAUAAUUUGCCAAAUGCUUCUGAAGUGGCUGCUUUAAUUGUUGGUGACAAGCAUACAGCAAAUAACAAAGAUAUCAUCAUUGAGAAGCAAAUAGGCAUGCUGCAAAGAAUAAAUGAACUUCAUCCUGCAUAUUUACCUUUGCAAUAUCCUCUUUUGUACCCACACGGUGAAGAUGGCUACAGACCAAACAUUCUUCAUAAGCAUCAUCCGCAUAGCCAUGUUGCAAAGAGGAACAAAGUUACCAUGCGUGAGUAUUUUUGUUACAGGAUGCAAUCAAGGGAUAAUGAAGCACAAACAAUACUUCAUUCAAGAAGAUUGCUUCACCAAUGGGUUGUUGAUGGGUAUUGUAUGAUUGAGUCUCAAAAACUAAACUAUGUUAGACAACAUCAACAAGAACUCCGAGUUGACAAGUACAUCAAUUUAAAUGACUGUAAUAAUCAGCCCUUAACCCAAGCAUGGCUAGAAAUACAACGACAAGUUGCAAAGUCAAAUCUUACAGCUCAUGAUUGCCCUGAUGUUGUGUCACGGUAUCCAAAUCCAGAAGACAUUGACAACAUAAUUUCUGCUGAAAUACCAAACAAGGACACAGAUCCAGAAUUGUAUCAAAUUGUCAACAACCACAUGAUGCAUGGUCCAUGUGGACUAGCUAAUAAAAGGGCACCAUGUAUGGCCAAUGGCAAGUGUUUCAGGUUUUUCCCAAAAAAGUUUCAGCCAGCCACAAUUGUUGACCAAGAUGGUUUUCCUGUUUAUAGAAGAAGAGACACCAGACGGACUUACAUCAACAAAGGAUCUGAUCGGAUUACAACAGCUAUUGUCAAUGACCAAAACCAGGAUGGCACACACAAUCAGGUUCAUGAUGAAAUUAAACAUUAUCUUGACUGUCGGUAUGUGUCGGCUCUUGAAGCAUGUUGGAAGAUUUUUGCAUUCCCAAUGCAUGGGCAUGCACCGACAGUUGAACGUCUUUAUUUCCACCUAGAAAAUCAACAGCCUGUUUACUGGAAAGAUAGUGAAGAAAUUGGCACAGUACUGGCUAAGAGUACAAUCAAAGAAUCAAUGUUCACAACUUGGAUGGAUUCUAAUAAAAUAUACCAUCAUGGACGAGAUCUUACUUAUGCUGAAUAUGUGUCCAAAUUUGUUUAUGAUGCACGAAAAAGAUGCUGGAAACCAAGGAAACAAGGAAAUACUAUUGGCAGGCUGAUUUGGGUGCCCCCUUCUAGUGGAGAGUUGGUCUACAUGAGGAUGAUGCUUUCCUCUGCUAAAGGAUCACAAUGUUACGAAGAUAUUAGAACAGUAGAAAAUGUUGUCUAUCAUACAUUUAGAGAAGCAUGCUUUGCAAAAGGUUUUCUAGGAAGUGAUCAAGAAUUUGUUGGUGCCUUACGAGAAGCAAACACUUGGGGAACUCCACACUAUCUUAGGAAGUUAUUUGUGAAGCUGCUAUUUAUGAAUACCAUGGAUAGGCCAGAAUAUGUGUGGAAACAAACUUGGCAAUGGAUGGCAGAUGAUAUUGUAUUUAAUCAUAGAAGACAAGGCAUCCAACUAAUAGACAAAGAAAAAAUGCAUCUUUGUUUGACGACAAUUGAAAACCUCUUGCAAGCCAACAGGAAAAGCCUACGAGAUUUUCCUUCAAUGCCAUACCCACUAGGAUAUGCCGCCAACACGCACCAAAAUAAUCUCAUCUACAAUGAAUUGGCUUACGACGGGGACAUAUUGGCCGCCGAAUUUGACAAAUGCUACCAGUGGCUAACAGAUGAGCAGGCUUCUAUUUUUAAUAAGAUUAUGCAUGUGGUUGCAACUCAAUCAGGUGGAGUUUAUUUUCUAUAUGGAUAUGGUGGCACAGGCAAGACAUUUGUGUGGAAAACUUUAUCAUCUGCUAUACGCUCUACUGGCGGCAUUGUUUUAACAGUAGCUUCAAGUGGGAUUGCCUCAAUACUAUUGCCUGGCGGUAGAACAACAUAUUCUAAGUUUGCUAUUCCUGUCCCUGCAACAAAAAAUUCUACAUGCAAUAUCUAUCAAGGGAGUGAUUUGGCUAAAUUGUUGCAUAUCACAAAACUCAUCAUAUGGGAUGAAGCUCCAAUGUGUCACAGAUACAGUAUUGAGGCCCUUGACAAAAGUUUACAGGACAUCAUGCACAAUGGCAAUCCUUUUGGAGGAAAGGUCAUUGUUUUUGGUGGUGAUUUCUGUCAAAUUCUACUUGUUGUGCCAUGA